AUGAUUGGUUAUAGGCCCUCCUUCCUGGUGAAGUAUUGUUGGCUCUACAUUACCCCUACUAUCUGCACAGUGAGUUUAAACCCAGUCCAUUUUUAUCAUUAUUUAAUUAAUUAUUUUUAUUUAUGGAUACAACUGCAAUUAUGUUUAUAAAACUUUCUGCUGUCUAUCAAAUGUCAAGGCAAGACAUAAUCAAAACAACAAUGAAACAACAUAUUUCGGACAACUUUUUUUCUCUUCAAGGGAACCUUUGUAUUCUCCCUGCUGAAGUACAGCCCUUUGAAUUUCAACAACACAUAUGUGUACCCAUGGUGGGCCUACUGGCUAGGCUGGUUCCUGGCUAUGUCCUCCCUCUCUCUCAUCCCCAUCACCAUGGUCUACAAAUUGUACCGGGUCAAAGGGACUUUCUGGCAGGUCAGUGGCACUGUAUUAUGGGAAGUUUUCCCUGGAACAUUUAAAAGUGUGAAUGAUUGCACCAAAUUAAGAUUCUUGUUGUUGCACUUUGUCAUAUUUACAAAGUCAACAAUCUAGGAAGUUUAAAUGAAAAAGGCAAAAUACAAUUCAAUUAAUCUGAUCGGAAAGGCUGGGACCUUUCAUCUGGUCCUUUCAUCUCUAGCAUAGAGUUGCUGAGCUAUUCUGAGAUUUGUAAGAAUACUUUUGCAGCAAAUUGAUUAUACUUAUAUUGAGACCUCUUUGCUUCCCCAGCGCCUCCAGGCAAUCUGUCGGCCAGCAGAUGACCUUCCUAUGAUGAAGGAGGAGAUGGCAGGUCUCUAUGCUCUGGACCGUGUUACUGACGAUGAGAAGACAUACAGCAAUAAUCUAUAG